AUGCCCCCAGACGAGAAACCCAAUAAAUACGAGCCACUUCCCUCAGUGCCUAUACCUACUUACGAAGAAGCCAUUGGGUCUUCAUCUCGAAUCGCCACUCCAGAUACCUCGAAUGAAACUGCAAUUCCCGCAGAGCGUGAAGGGUUGUUAGGGGCGCAAGAUGGACUUACAUCUGGUCCUACACGACGCCACGGAUAUCGACCUCCUCCGUCUGUCGAAGAGGCUCGCGAUUCCUCGGAAGAACACGCCUCGUUCAUAAAUCAAGAUGCUGAAGUCCUCCUGCGCGACCUUACCGACAGUGAGGAUGAUGAAGAAGAUAGGGUGCGGAGGGAAAUGGAGGAGAUGGAUAUCGAAGAUGCGCCAUCGCGAGACACACAAUCAGCGUGGGGGAAACGGAUAUCAAGUUUAAGCCAGUCAUUACAUCUUCCAUUCCCGUGGAAGUGGAAAUUGCGGAUAAAUCUUCAUGUGCCUGAAGGUCUUCGGGGAAGGAUAGGGUGGCCAAAGCUGGACGCGAACUUUUGCAUUAUGUUUGGACGGUUCUUUGCGAUUUUGUUAGUGAUGGGUGUGAUAUAUUUAUUAUUUGUCAGUGAUGUUUUUACGUCGGCUGCCCAACGAAUGGCGGGCCGCCUGUUCGAUCCAGAGAGUGUGAGGAUACAUGUUCAACAGAUGGCGGAUUCAGAUAGGAUAAGAGAGCAUUUGAGGGCGAUCACGGCGAACGAUCAUCUUGCUGGAACCGAAGGAGAUUAUGUGCUUGCGCAAUAUGUAGAAGACCACUUUUUGGCGAGCAAGUUGGAAGAGGUUCGGAAAGAGAGGUUCGACGUGUAUCUCAAUUAUCCCAAAGAGGGAGGAAGGAAGGUGGAGAUAUUGGGGGCGGAUGGAAAGGCGACAUGGUCUGCGAAAAUCGACGAAGACAAUCAGUAUAGCGAUCCUCCGCGACAGCAAACGCCCGUCUUUCAUGGCCAUUCGAAAUCAGGCGACGUUACUGGUCCAUUAAUAUAUGCGAAUUACGGGUCGAGAGAAGAUUUCAAGCGAUUAUACGACAGCGGGAUUGAUACCAAGGGCGCCAUUGCGCUUGUCAGAUAUUAUGGAAGUCAAGGAGAUAGGGCUUUAAAGGUCAAAGCUGCGGAACUGGCUGGGUUCGCGGCUUGUAUAAUUUACAGCGAUCCGGCCGAUGAUGGGUUUGUAAAAGGCGAACCUGCUCCACAAGGAAGAUUUAUGCCGGAGAACGGUGUACAGCGAGGUGCUGUUAGUUUGAUGAGCUGGGUAGUUGGUGAUGUGCUCACUCCAGGGUGGGGAAGUGUUAAAGGUGCAGAGAGAGUGCCAAAGGAAAAUAAUCCAGGAUUGGUUGGCAUUCCAAGUUUACCAUUAUCUUGGGGAGAUGCGAAAAAUCUUCUCAAGGCUAUCGAAGGGUUCGGACAAGCAGCCCCAGAGGAGUGGGCAGGUGGUAUUCCUGAUGUAAACUACUGGUCCGGAAACCUUUCGUCGCCCAGGAUCCAUCUUGUCAACGAUCAAGAUGAGGUCGAUGAGCAGCCUAUUUGGAACGUUAUGGGCAAAAUUAACGGCGUUGAGCAGCAGGAGAAGUCCAUAAUUAUUGGGAAUCACAGAGAUUCGUGGGUUUAUGGAGCAACUGACCCCGGGUCUGGCACUGCUGUCAUGCUAGAAGUCAUACAUAUCUUCGGUGAUUUGGUUGAGAGGGGAUGGAGGCCUUUACGAUCAAUCGAGUUUGCCUCCUGGGAUGGUGAAGAGUACAACCUCAUUGGAUCUACCGAAUAUGUCGAAACGAACAUACAAAAGCUACGAAAUGACGCCUUUGUCUAUCUCAACGUCGAUGUUGGCGUUGGAGGAACAGAGUUCAAAGCAUCUGGAAGUCCCGUGUUUCAAAAGUCCCUCCUUCGAGUACUGAACCGAGUCAGCGAUCCUUUCCAAAAUGCUACUUUACGAGAAUUAUGGGAUGCUCGCAGUGGCCAACUUGAGGGGCUAGGAGCUGGUAGUGAUUAUGUUGCUUUCCAAGAUAUGGCUGGGACCUCCAGUCUUGACUUUGGGUUCGAUGGACCAGGCUACCCAUAUCACUCUGCCUUUGAUAACUUUGAAUGGAUGUCUACCGUUGGCGAUCCCGGCUUCGAAUAUCACAAGAUCUUAGCCCAAGCAUGGGCCUUGCUCAUUCUCGAAUACUCAGAUCGUCUGGUCUUGCCAUUCGACAUCUCCGCAUAUUCAGCGUCACUCACAGCGUGGUCUAUGGAUCUCGAAAACUGGGUGGGACACAAAGGCGCGAAUCAAGAUGGAAACGCUCCUUGGUCUAUUGAUCCACUUCGUAAAGCAGUCCUGCAAUUCGCAGUCGAAGCCGAGAAAUUCGAGAAAUGGGAAGUCGAAUGGGAUGCGUUAGUGCUGGGCGGUAAUGGGUUCGAGAGCGCGGUUACUGGCGAGCAUCGGAAGAGUCAUAAUACACGGAUGUCGAAUUUCGAAACACAUCUGUUGGACUUGGAGGAAGGAGGCGGAAUUCCAAACCGUACACAAUUCAAGCACGUCGUCUUCGGACCACAACUCUGGUCCGGCUACGACGAAGCGUAUUUCCCUGCCAUUCGAGACGCGGUAGAAGCUGGUGACUGGGCGUUAGCGAAGAUGCAAGUCGAGAAGACAGCGAGCAUCAUCAUGCGGGCUGCUAGGAAAUUAAAUGGCAACUAG